AUGGACGAGUCGCCGGACGCCUAUGCUGCGGAUUUGGAGCGCCUGCUUGCCAUUUUGGGUCACCGCAGCGGCGGUAAUGAUGACCAGGAUCCCGUGAUUAUUGAACAGUUUCUACUGGGCUUACCUGGUGGUGACCAAUCUCGAGUUGGUGUGAGUAGCAGUGCCAGGUCAGUUGUCUGCUUUCACUGUAAAACUGUUGGACAUGUGAAGCGCGAGUGUCCAAACCGCCGGCAGAAGGGUCAGCAAUCGUCUGGUGUAAAGUGUCAUUUCUGUGAGGAGAAGGGCCAUAUCAUCAUGGACUGCCCCAUGAAGCGCAAAUGGAUUGACAGUCAGAAGAAUGCUGUUGCUGCCGUGGGAGAGGCUAGUGUUCAGCCCACAUCGCCCACUAGCAAAGCCACCCCAGACCGAGUGUUGUGUGCACCUGUGGCACAACCCAUGCAGUUGCCGACGAUUUAUGUCGAUGUCCAUGCGGCUGAUGGCGACUGGAUGCGUUGCACGGCAGUUAUUGACACUGGUGCCAGUCGUACAUUUGUGUCUGCAGCAUUUCUCAAGCAGCAUAGAUUGUCAUUCUCCUCCGAUCACUGUGCUGCUCCGUUGGCAUUGGAUGGCCAGCCCCUGGAUGUGCUUGGCAGUAUUGAACUUCAGCUACGACGCAAUGAUGGUCCUGUUCACUUGCCGGUCGUAUCAGUAGUAGCAUCCGUCGUCGCGACGCUGGAUGUGGUCAAUGCCCCACUUCUACUUGGUGCAGAUGUCGUUGCCGCAUCUGGUGGUGUUCAGUUGCAGUACAGUGAUGGCCUACUUUCAUCAGUAACAUUUGGAAGCAACUCGGCAGGCGGUGUGCCAAAGAGUACGGGUGAUGCUCCAGUUCACGAUCCCCAUCCAUACCGGCAUGUCAAGGUUACGCGUAGCGGUGAUGACGUUACUCUGAGUUGUUCGGAUGGAUCAAUACGCUGGGAUGCUUCUCGUGGCCAGUGGUUUCUGUCAUGGAAAUGGGCAUCAGGCACACCUCCGACAUCGCCAGUUGGCCCACCCAUUGGUGAGUACUCGCGUGCUCAAUUGACUGCCCAUCAGGAGAAGCUAUUUUGCCAGGGGGUGGACCAGUGGAUCACCAAGGGCUGGCUUCAGCCAUAUGAUGAGUCUGUGCACGGCGACAUGGCAGGUGUCUUGCCGGUUUUGGCGGUGGCUCAGGAGCACAAGGAGACUACUCCCGUCCAACCAUGCUUAGACUACCGGCGCCUCAACGAGCUCAUUGUCUCGGAGCCUGGUCAGAACUCUCCGUCAUGUCAGGAGACCUUGCGGAAGUGGCGCAUGGUCAGCGACGAGUCAUCUGUACUGCUGGAUAUUCGGAAGGCGUACAUGCAGAUUCAUGUCGAGCCAGAGCUGGUGUGCUAUCAGACAGUGAUCUGGAAGAGCCAACUCUACACCGUCACACGUAUGGCUUUUGGGUUAGCUAUAGCGCCCAAAUUUAUGGACAUCAUUGUUCAGUGGAUUCUGCGGCACCACUCCAACGUGGAUAACUACAUUGACGAUAUAUUGACGCCGCAGGUUGAAGCAGAUGAUGUCGCCACCGACUUGCGUCGCUAUGGGCUAGACACCAAGCCGUCUGAGCCUCUGCCGAGUGCCAGGGUCCUGGGUCUGCAGAUGUCGUCAUCGUCGGGCAGACUCCAGUGGUCAAGACGCAGUGGCGUUGAUCUUGCUGUGCCUAAGCCACUGACCAAGCGUAGUCUGUUCAGCUGGUGUGGACAUGCAACUGGUCACUAUCCAGUGUGUUCCUGGCUUCGUCCGGCCUGCAGCGCGUUGAAGAGGAUGUCAUGCACAGGAGAGAACUGGGACGUGCCAGUUUCACCAGCAGUCGAGGCAUGCUGUAAAGAGCUCGCAGCGAGGCUCGACACGGAGGAUCCCGUCCGUGGUGCUUGGAAGGUAUCUUCCUCUCCAGAUAGCCAGUGGCCCGUGUGGUGUGAUGCCUCAGACAUAGUUCUCGGUGUCGUGUUGGAGAUUGACGGUCAGGUGAUUGAAGACGCAUCGCGGUUGUGGCCCCGUACUGAUCACAAGCACAUCAAUGUGGCGGAACUCGAGGCUGUCGUGAAGGGCCUCAAUCUCGCUCAUGACUGGGGUGCCACGCGAAUUCAAGUCGCUACAGAUUCGAAGACAGUGGCCAGCUGGUUGCAGCAGACUGUUCACGACCUGCAGCGCAUCAAAACGAGUGGGUUGAAUGCAACGCUGAUUCAACGUCGGCUGGAAAUCAUCGACAAUCUCCUUGCAACAACGGAUAUGACGGUGGACGUGCUGUGGGUUCCGUCGGCCAAGAACCUUGCAGAUCGGUUGUCGCGGAUCCCAUCGUCCUGGGUAAAGCUGUUCAAAGGGACGGAUGCUGUUUGUGUCGAUGUUGCUGCUGCUGCUGCCACUACUGACCGGCAGGGCCUGGGUCCGCUCACGACGGAGCACAUUCAAGAGGCUCAGCGUUCCUGCCAGGUCAUCUCCACCGUGGUUGGAGAAAUCAAGGCCGACCUGCCAGUGUCGCACCCGUCCUUUCGACAGGUGCGUGAUCAGCUGCUGCUUCGGGAUGACGUGCUGUGCCGGUCUGUGAAGUUGCCCGUGGAAGGUGAGGCGGUGGUUCCAGUUGUUUCACAGGAUCUGGAGCCAGUCCUGCUCAGUUUGGUUCAUGGGCUCAGCGGUCAUGGCAACUCUAGUACCAUGCAUGCCAUGCUGCGUAGCCGCUAUUUCUUUAUCUCCAUGGCUGACAAGUGCCGCCGGUAUUGUCGUGACUGUCCUCAAUGCUGUGCUGCUAGUCAUCGUGCUGGUGCGUCAGUUGCUUCUACCCGUCGCGACAUUCCUGGGCGGCCCUGGAGCGUGGUGCAUCUCGACACUCUGGAACUUGGGCCGGAGAAGAGUGGCCGCUUCCAUUGUGUGUUGGUGUGUGUUGAUGGCUUCACCAAAUGGGCCGAAGUCGUACCGUUGCGAUGCCAUGAUGCCCAAUCCGUGGCCGACGCAUUCUUGGCGAUAUGUUGUCGCUGGGGUCCUCCGGAUGUCGUACGCGUCGACAAUGGCACCGAAUUUCAGAAUACUGUGGUCAAUGCCCUGUGGAGUCAGUUCCACGUGAUAGCCAAGACUGGUGCGGUACGCCACCCACAGUCACAGGGUGCCGUGGAGCGGAUGAACCGCACACUGCUCACGAUGAUGCGGAAGGUUCUGGACACUGCCGACGACUGGCGGUCGGAGCUCGACCUUCUCCUGUACUAUUACAGGAAUAGACCCCAUUCAACCACCAGGCUGACACCGAUGAUGGCGAAGACAGCCUGGCAACCACGUGACCUAAUUGUGGCAAAGGACCAACCUGCCUGCGAGAUGAGCCAGUGGGUCAGUCGGCUCGGUGACAGCGCUGCUCGCAUCCGUGACCUGAUCGAGAUGGAGCUAUCUGUCCACGAUGGUGUUGAUGAUGAGCAUGAUCAGCCUCAGCUCUACCACCCGGAUGAUGCCGUCAUGCUUCGUCGUCCCGACCGCAGCCAGAAGUUGUUCUCUCCGUACGAGCCUGGCUGGGUGAUCAAGAAAGUUAUCAGGCCUUCUACGGUGGUCAUUGCAUCUGGGCAAAGGGAGAAAGUCGUCAAUGUGGACCACAUCAAGCCAGCUCCUCGGAUCCCUGUAGGUGAAGCACUGGAGGAGCUCGAUGUGGCAGAUGACUCCGCUCGCCACCAAUACACAUUCCGUGACCGUGGGCGACUGGUCAUGCCAUCCCGUUAUGCUGACUGA